AUGGCCGGUGCUGAUGAUGCACCAGCGAUCAAGCUGUACAGUAGUAAGAAGGAACAGGAAAUGUACGAGAACUUUGCUGACCUCUUCGCAAUUGUGAAGACCACUGAGAAGCUGGAGAGGGCAUAUGUGCGGGAUGCAAUCAGCGCAAAGGACUAUGAACCCCUCUGUGCAAAACUCAUAGCCCAGUUCAGGACGCUGUGGGAAACACUGAAGGAUACAGUACCUGAUGUUGAGAAAUUCAUGGCAGACUAUAACAUGCAGUGUCCAAUGGCUGCCAAGAGGCUCAUAUACUCUGGCAUGCCAGCUACUGUUGAGCAUGGGAAGCCCAGGUGCCCCUCUCACCCUUCAUCAGUGGCGGUGGCUGAGACAGUGCAGCAUUUCAUCACAGCCAUGGAUUCCCUGAAACUCAACAUGGUUGCUGUUGAUCAGCUGUACCCUGUGCUCAAUGAUCUGAUGCAGAGCAUGAACAAGGUGGUGCAGUUGCCAGGAGACUUUGCUGGGAAGGUGAAGGUGAAGGCCUGGAUCACAAAACUGCACAACAUGCCAGCCAGCAAGGAACUGGAGGAGGCUGAUGUGCGGCAGCUGCUGUUUGAGCUCGAGUCUUCAUACAACGACUUCAUGGCUUUCCUGAAUAUUGGGGGCCGAUCCUGA